GUUUUACAGAUCGAUAGAGUAAAACGUCACUGUGUACGUGUUUUUAGUUUUUAAACCUCUUUUUUGGCCGAUAUAUAUUUCGAUAUCUUCAGUGUCAGUGUCACACUCACAGUUCGCUUGACUCUAAGACCACUGUUGCUCUGUUGCCCGAGCUUCUUGCAAGCUUAGUUACCAUUCAACAUGGCGCCAAAUCCCCGAGUUUUGAAGGCCUUUCGUGCAAUGAAGGCUAUUGGCAUAAAUGAAGAUAAAGUGAAACCAGUUUUGAAAAGACUUUUAAAAUUAUAUGACAAGAAUUGGGAACUUAUAGAAGAAGAGAAUUAUAGUGUUCUUGCAGAUGCCAUAUUUGAUGAGGAUGAUUCUAAGGUGUCGGAGGAGAAAGAGAAUGUUAAUCAGGGAGAAAAUUUUGCUGAUGAAGCAGAGGUGCAUGAUGAACCUGAACGGCCAUUAAAACGAUUGCGACUAAGAAGCCAAGAAGGGCAGCCUUCUUCAUCUCUUAAUAUCAGCAAUUCUAUUGGGGGUGGAACUUCAUUAAGAACACCUAAAUUGGAGGAUGAAGAGCUGCAGGGCAUAGAUUCUCUGCAGAGAUCACCAGACGUGAUGAAAUUGCAAUCUGGGCCUGAUUAUGAUACUAGAAAUAUGGGAAAGCGACCAGAAUCACCUAUUCGUUUGGGAGCACAAGGAAGCUCUAACCCAUCUUUGGACAGAACUUUGCCUUCUGAUUCACAGUCUCCUCAGGUGCAGCAUUCUUACAAGGGAAAAGAACCUUUGUUACCUCAGGUUGCUCCUAGAGAGAAGAGACCUAUUGUAGGGAGGCCAUCUCAGGUGGUGCGGUUCAAAGAUCACGUAGUUGAUCCAGACAGUGUACCAGUGCCCAAACAAAAAGUGCUUGAUUCUCAUGCUUUGAUCAAGCCUAAAGAUGAGCCAUUUACUGAUGACUUUCCUCCUGAUGACUUACCUCGUUAUGAGGUUCCUAUUGCGGUGAUCCGACCAGAUUCCUUAAGCAAAGAUAAUAAUUCAGUUAGGAUGUUUUUAAAAGCAAAGCCAGAUGAUCAGGAGCCUCCAGCAUCCCAUUUUGUAGCAGAAGAAGAUAGACGUGAUGGCAUUCCGGCUUCAUCAAAUAACACAAGAACCAACUCUGAGCUUGCAGCUGUUCCAAAGGACUCUCCUGCUAACUUAGAGAUUGCUUCAUCAUCAUUGGGAGAGGAAAGGUUAAUGAACGUAACACUAUCUGUUGAUGCAUUGAAGAGAUCAGCUGCUUACAGUGCUUUGGGAGUAGGGGGCAUUGGAGGAAGUGAUUGUAUACCAGUCAAUAUUUCAAAUGGAUCAGUUGAUAGCCAUUACUUUUCUGAGGUUGGGGCACUUCAAAUUCCAGGGGAAAUACAACCUUUAAGUGAGGACAUACAUUGUGUUGUGAAUGGUUCUGUUGAAAGUAAUGGGGGACAGGAACUGAGAGGCCCUGACCCUGAGUCACAUAGUUUGGUGGUUGUUCCACAGCAUCAGCUCACUCCUGAGGAGCUAAGAUCUCUUCAGCAAUUCAAUGACAUAACUAAGGGAGAAGAAAUAGUUGAGAUUUCAUGGUUAAAUGAAAUCAACAAUGAGUGUCCUCCAUCUUUUAUCUACAUACCUCAAAACCUGAUUUUUCAAAAUGCUAAUUUGAGAUUCACUCUUUCUCAAAUUAAGGCAGAAGAUUGCUGUGCUACUUGUAUUGGUGAUUGUCUAUCCUCAAAUACAGUUUGUGUUUGUGCCCAUGAAACUGGGCACAAGUUUGCAUACACAUCAGAAGGCCUCAUUAGAGAAGAUUUCUUGGAAGAGUGUAUAUCUAUGACCCGUGAUCCUCAACGACAACGCUUUUCUUAUUGUAAAGCUUGCCCUCUUGAAAGAUCAAAAAAUGAUGAGAUCUUGGAACCAUGCAAGGGUCACUUGAAGAGGGAACAUAUUAAAGAAUGUUGGAGUAAAUGUGCCUGCCAGAAGCAGUGUGGCAAUCGAGUUGUGCAGCGGGGUAUAAGGUGCAAAUUGCAGGUUUUCUUUACACCUGAAGGAAAGGGAUGGGGACUUAGAACCCUAGAAAAGUUGCCAAAAGGGACAUUUGUGUGUGAAUAUGUUGGAGAAAUACUGACCAUCAAAGAAAUGCACGAGAGAAACAUACAGAGGACAAGAGGCACCAACAAUGAGCGGCAUACCCAUCCAGUUUUAUUGGAUGCAUAUUGGCGCUUGAAAGGAGCUUUGAAGGAAGAAGAAGCUCUUUGUUUGGAUGCAACAUUCUAUGGGAAUGUUGCUCAGUUUAUUAAUCAUAGGUGCCUUGAUGCAAAUUUGAUUGAGAUCCCUGUUAAGAUGGAGACCCCGGAUGAUCAUUAUUAUCAUCUUGCCUUCUUCACGACAAGAGAAGUAAAUGCCUUGGAAGAGCUGACUUGGGAUUAUGGUAUUGACUUUGAUGACAAUGAUCAUCCUAUGGAGGUGUUCCGGUGCCUAUGUGGCAGCAAGUUCUGCAGGAACAUGAAACGUCCAAUUAAAAUGUCGAGUCGGGCAAAGAAUAUUGAGAAACUCAUUGGGAAGAAGAAGAAAGCUGGGCGAACUCUAGCUAAAGAGAAAGAGAUUGAUACUCCUGCGUCAAAGAAGGCUACGAUCGCUACUCUUUUGACCUCGCUAACCUCCAGCAAGCAACAAGCUGAGACUCCAGCGACUGCCUCGGAGUCGAGAGAAAGAGAGACACAAGCGCGCGAUCCUCCCCAACAUCCACCUCAAACUGUUGAGCAACUUUUGGAUGGGCAGUCUGUUGUGGAUAACCUCAAGCUUGCCAGUUGGUUUGGCAAGAGAUACACCCUCCCCUUAGAUCGAGCUCGAUUGGAGGGCGAGCAUGAUGAGGAAUUGGCGCUCCGAGCGAUAUCCCUUCAACUAGAGCAGAUUGCAUGUACCCAGCUCUUGAGGGAGAGGGCUGGGUUGCUGCGAGGACAUAUUGGCACUCAAGAGGCAGAGAUCACAUUGCUGAAUGAAAUGGUCUCUGUCUUUGAGAAGAUGAUUCAGGACUUGGAGGCCGAGCUGCAAAUGUCGAAGAAGAGGUCCUCUGCCCUCGAAGGAGAGCUGCAAAUGUCGAAGGAGAGGUCCUCUACCCUCGAAGGAGAGCUCCAGGGCGCCCUGGAGAGGCAUACUGUUGAGCUAGCCGAGCUGAGGAAAAAGGUUAGGGAGCUGGAGGCCGAACUUGCCUGCUCUGGCGACCAGUUGGCCAAGAUCUACAUCAAGGUCCAGAAUGACAUUUUGGUUGAGCUACAGAAACGAUACCCAACAGAUGACUUCUCCUGGGUUGAAAAUCUCGGUGGGGCCUAGGAGGAGGAGGUUGAGCAUGUACAUGGGCAGAGGGACAAAGAUGAAGAUGUAAGAUAGCUUGGGACUUUGAUUCGAAUAAGACAAAUUGCUAAUCAAUUUGCUUAAGUAGGAUAGCUCGUAAUCAAAGUUCGAAUGAGAUAAAUUCAAGAUAAAAAGCAGAAGUAAGAUUGCUUGGAAUUUCAGCACAAAUAAAAUGAAGGAUAAAAUAAAUAAGUGAUAUCGCUCGGUAUUUUUGUUCGAAUGGCAAAGCAUUUUGCUUUAAGUAGUGUUGCUUGUAACCUUUUUUUAAACUUAAUUAUAAGCAAGUUGAUUUGCUGAAGUAUGAUUGCUCGUAAUCAAAUUUCGAAUAAAAUGUACUACAGGAUAAUGUGAUUAAGUUAAAUUGCUCGGAAUCUUUGUCCGAAUCUAACGAACAGCAAAAUAUUUUGCUCAAUUAGGAUUGCUCUGGACUUUUAUCCUAAAUAAUCUCCAAAAUGUUUUUGAUCAAGUAAGGUUGUUCGGAACAUUGAUUCAAGCUUUACUCGGCUAAUUUUCUGCUUAAUUGCUUUGCACGCUAUAAUUGUUAAUGGGCUAGGUACCCUUUAAUUUAUUUAGUCUAGCGGACUAUCACCCUGGAUGAUGUGUUAAGUACCGUUAAUUUAAUUAGUUUGGUGGGCUAUCACUUUGAAUAAACCAAGUACCCUUAAUUUAUUUAGUAUGGUGACUAUUGUCGUGGAUAGGUUAAACAUCCUUAAUUUAUUUAGCUUAGCAGACUAUCGCCGUGGAUGGGCUAAGCACUCUUAAUUUAAUUAACCUGACGGACUAUCGGCGUGGAUGGGCCAAGUACCCUUAAUUUAAAACAAUAAGAUAUUCAAAAAAUUAUCUUUAUUGAUAAUAUUUGCGAAGGUUACAUAUAUUCCAAAGCUUGGGGCAAAAUUAUGCCACUAACUUUGUCUAGCUUGUAAGAGCUUGGGCGAAUGAUUUUUGAAACAACGAACGAUCUGACCUGGUUUCUUCCUAGCUUUUCAGCCUCGGCAAUACCGCCAGUGACAUCGUCUCUUUUUAGCACUAACUCUCUGACUAUAAAUGCUUAGCCUUUGACUUUCUUACUGUACAUGUUGAUCAUCUUUUGUCUGUAUGGUGUCAUUCGAACAAAAGCUUGAUUCCUAAACUCUUCUGCUGUAUCAAUGUUGAAAUGCUGAUUUUCCUCUUGUGAAGCUUCCUUGGGUGCUCUAUUCGGGCAGAUAGCACUCUGAUUUCCGCAGGAAUUACUGCCUUUGACCUGUAAGCAAGUGAUGCUGUUGUGAGUCUUCAAUGACCAGUCAAAAUGCCAAAUCAGCCUAUAAACAAAAAAAAGCCGUGAGGGUCUAAAUCUGCAUUAUGAUUACUAGAUUCAUGGGGAUUAUGAGACUUGGCCCUUUUGCUGUGAUGUUCUCUCCCUUUAACGAGGAAAAGUUCAUCGGCUGGAUUUUCCUGCAACUCUUCUCAGUUCUAGCAACUAUUGCGUCAACUGAUACAGAUUAAGGUGUUAUUCUGUGAAGCCAGGGGGGGGCAUUUUGUACUGCUACAUAAAUCUGUUAUGGAUAUGUACAUAACAAGCAUCUGUUUUUUUUUUUUUUUUUUUUUUUUUUUUUAGUCUCAGACAAUCCAGCUUCUCAAGUUCUGUUCUUUUAUUUUUUGGGGCGAGGGUGGAGAAGGGGGCCAGGGAUUUUGGAAAAGCUGGUGUUAGACAUCCAUCACUUGCUCUUUAUGCUCUAUAUAAUGAAGCAACUUGAUAAGAUUCAGGAAUUCUCCUGAAUACCAA